UAAAACUGGUAUUGCUUUGAAGUAAAGCUAAUGAUCGAUGUCGGUGUCCCUAUUAUCGGCGUUGUCCUGUGCGAUAUUCUAACGACUUGACGAGAAAGACGGCAGCGGUAAGGAAUGUUUCGCUAGUCUUGAAGCUAAGAACAAAGAAGUUCGUGUUUUUUAUCGUGAAAGAAAGAAUAUACAAGGCUUCGAUUGUUUAUAAGCGUGUUAUUGUGAUCGCGACAUUAUGACUUGUUCAGCUGCAUCUAUUCUGUUAAGCUACUGCGCACAAAGGUGUCCAUUGUUUUGUUUUUUUCUGUCCGAGUAGCUCUGCGAUCAUUGCUGGGAUAUACAGUAAAUACCAAUGUAUUCCUGGGAACGGUGUUGUCGAUUCUCGUUGCUCGAUGUUUGCACCAUUUCCGCAGUCAUGUCAGGUUUUCUGGACGGGAUCCGGUGCGGAGACUGUGAGUGCAAUGUGGACUGGGGGGAGAGACGGAACACCAUCGCAUCAAUUGCUGCCGGAGUUCUGUUCUUCACGGGUUGGUGGAUCAUCAUUGAUGCAGCAGUGAAAUAUCCAACUGAGGAAGUGUUCCAUCAUGCCUACCACACCUGUGGAGUCAUCGCCACACUGGCGUUCCUAAUGAUCAAUGCCGUGUCCAAUGGUCAGGUGAGAGGAGACAGCUACAGUGAAGGCUGCAUGGGACAGACCGGUGCUCGAGUUUGGCUCUUCAUCGGUUUUAUGCUGGCUUUCGGCUCACUCAUUGCUUCGAUGUGGAUUCUCUUUGGAGGAUUUGUUGUUCCUGGGGCCAAAAUCGUCUACCCUGGCAUCGCCGUCUUCUUCCAAAACGCCUUUAUCUUCUUUGGGGGUUUGGUGUUCAAGUUCGGCCGAACAGAGGAUCUCUGGCAGUAGAGAGUCUGCCUCACUGUUUUUAUGAGACAAAAUGCUUUAUUUGUUUAUCUUACUGAAACAGUCUGGUCGCCCGCUUCGCAGUUAUCUUGGUUUAUUGCUGUACGUGUCUUAUUUCACGAUGCUAACCUGUAGUCUUUAAUGGUUUCACAUGGGCAGGGUGAUGUGUGUGAAGGUUGGUUUUAUUUCCUUGUAUUUAAUUUCUUAUCACAGACUCAGUGUUUGUUCUACAUGAUGCAUUAAACAAAGAAACUGAGCCAAGAACUGUGUUAU